GCUAGACUACACGCCGUACCAUCUAUUCCCGCCCCUCCAUCAAGGAGCGCAAACUUCUACUGGCCGUCCAGGCUCUGGGAGAACAGGGCGCUUGUGGCCUUUUGGGCCCGGUGACCUUGGGGUUAGGGUCGCUGAGCUUCUCAUGCAAGCUGGGACUCACUAGCCCCGGGGAAGGUAGUCACCAUCCAGCGACCCUGCCCCUGUCUGCCUGCCACCCAUUGGCUUAUAGUGGGUAGAAAAGCACUUGCCCACCCUGUGUUCUGAUGGGCGUAAAAAUGAUGGAGAUGAGUACAGGUGCUCCAGGAUGGAGCCCCCAUACCCUCUCUUCAGGUUGUCUGGGACUUCUCCAUCAAACCCCUCCCUUGGCUGAGUUCUGGGGCUGUCCAUGAAAGUGGGGGGUCUCAAGUGUCCCCAGUCCUCACCCUCUUCCGUGCCAGUACCUAGAUGAGGUUCCUGUAGUGGGUUCUCAUCUAUACCCCUACCCACUUCUCCUUCCUGAAGCGACCAUCCCCCUCCCUGCUCCUCCCUCUGUCCCGUCCCGGAGCUUCAGAGAAGGAGGCGUGGCCGCACGCACAGCCUCCUAUAAAGGUAGUGGUGUCUGCACCCUCAACCUGAAGGUGGCAGUUCCCUGGAGCCUUUCCUGAACCUCUUUGGGGUCUCUGCCCCACAGACCACUGUACUUAGCUCAGCACCUCCUCGGAGGCAGCAGCAGCAGCCACCUGGAAGAUCCCUCCACAGAUCAUGCUUUCUGGUGGACUCCCGCUCUCUAUCUCAGCCACAGAGCUGCUCCUGGCUGCUGCCAUCUUCUGCCUGGUAUUCUGGGUGGUCAGAGCCUCAAGGCCUCGGGUCCCCAAAGGCCUAAAGAGUCCACCAGGGCCCUGGGGCUGGCCCUUGAUAGGGCACAUGCUGACCUUAGGGAAGAACCCUCAGGUGGCUCUGGCAAAGCUCAGCCAGAAAUAUGGGGACGUGCUGCAGAUCCGAAUUGGGACCACACCUGUGGUGGUGCUGAGUGGCCUGGACACCAUCCAUCAGGCCCUAGUGAGGCAGGGUGAUGACUUCAAGGGCCGGCCAGACCUCUACACCUUCACUUUUGUUACUGAUGGCAAGAGCAUGACCUUCAGCCCAGACUCUGGACCAGUGUGGGCUGCCCGCAGGCGCCUGGCCCAGAGUGCCCUGAAGAGUUUCUCCACAGCCUCGGACCCCACUUCUGCCUCCUCCUGCUACUUGGAGGAGCAUGUGAGCAAGGAGGCUGAGUGCUUAAUCAGCAAGUUCCAGGAGCUGAUGGCAGAUGUUGGGCACUUUGACCCCUACAGAUAUGUGGUGGUGUCAGUUGCCAAUGUCGUCUGCGCCAUUUGCUUUGGCCAGCGCUAUGACCAUAACAACCAAGAGCUGCUUGAUCUAGUCGACCUGAAUAAUGAGUUUGGGGAGGUGGCUGCCUCUGGAUACCCAGUUGACUUCAUCCCUAUCCUCCGCUACCUGCCCAACCCUACCCUGGAUGGCUUCAAGGACCUGAAUAAGAAGUUUGAACACUUCGUUGGGAAGCUGGUCAAGGAGCACUACAGAAAAUUUGAGAAGGGUCACAUCCGGGAUAUCACAGACAGCCUGAUUGAGCACUGUCAGGACAGGAAGCUGGAUGAGAAUGCCAAUAUUCAACUCUCGGAUGAGAAGAUCAUUAAUGUCGUUUUGGACAUCUUUGGAGCUGGGUUUGACACAGUCACAACUGCCAUCUCCUGGGGCUUAAUGUACCUGGUGACAAACCCUAGGAUUCAGAGAAAGAUCCAGGAGGAACUAGACACAGUGAUUGGCAGGGAACGGCGGCCCCGGCUCUCUGACAGACUCCAGCUGCCCUAUAUGGAGGCCUUUAUCCUGGAGCUCUUCCGACAUUCCUCCUUCGUCCCCUUCACCAUUCCCCACAGCACUACAAGAGACACAAAUCUGAAUGGCUUUUACAUCCCCAAGGGGCGUUGUGUCUUUGUGAACCAGUGGCAGAUCAACCAUGACCAGAAGCUGUGGGGUGACCCAUCUGUGUUCCGGCCUGAACGGUUUAUCACUUCCGGUGGCACUGUGGACAAGACACUGAGUGAGAAGGUCAUUCUCUUUGGCUUGGGCAAGCGCAAAUGCAUCGGAGAGACCAUUGGCCGCUUAGAGAUCUUUCUCUUCAUGGCCAUUCUUAUGCAGCAGCUGGAAUUCAGUGUGUCACCGGGCAUGAAGGUGGACAUGACCCCCAUCUAUGGGCUGACAGUAAAGCAUCCCCGCUGUGAGCACUUUCAGGCACAGGUGCGCUCUUGUGGACCUGAGAGCCCUGAGGCCUAGACUCUGACUGCAGGGGUCUGAGAUACCAUGCCUGGGGGCAAUCGCCUUUGUCUGCCUUAUCUCCAGACAGGAGCAAACAGGGUCUCUUGUUUGUCAGACUCCAGUUUCUGUUCAGGAAGGGCCAAUACUUGUGUCUAAGAGGAGCAGAAAGCAGAGAAACUGUGUGGACUGUCUUGACACUAGGACCAGGACUAGAGAGAGGAGUGGUGUUUCAAUCACCUUCUCCUUGUCUCCUUUCUCUAUGUCAGAAUAAAAUAUUAUUUUUAAAAUGUUUGUAUACAGUGGCUGGGGUUUGUGGCUCAGUGGUAGAGCACUCGCCUAGCAC